UCUAUGGCGGCCUCCCCACAACACUGUGCAGCGGGAAAACCGGGUCAGUUUUAGCCCGGAAGGGUGAAGAAGGACUGUGAGGGGGGUGUGUGUGGCUCUAAUACGUUUUUACUUUAUCCAGGGUAAACGGUGUGUAUAAGUGUUGUGGAGAAUAAUUUCUGUCCUAAAGCUAAGAAAGGGUGCUGAAUUCUGAGAAGACUGGUUGCCAUGGUUUCCACGCAUGGUGACGUGAGCAGGAACAGGAAGUAGCUCGAGCAGUAACAGUGGUGGUGCCCAUCUGGAGAAGCCGUGAAUAAAAGGUAAUGAUGAGCACCUCUGGUGGGGUGGUGACCAGUCGUGGACGGCGUUUCAAAUGGGCUAUUGAGUUGAGUGGUCCGGGCAGUGGAAGCAGGGGCCGGAGUGACCGGAGUGGUGGCCAGGGGGACACCCUCUAUCCCAUUGGCUACUCGGACAAGCAGGUGCCAGAUACGAGCGUCCAGGAAACAGAUCGCAUCCUGGUGGAAAAGCGCUGCUGGGAUAUCGCUCUGGGGCCCCUGAAGCAAAUCCCUAUGAACUUGUUUAUCAUGUACAUGGCAGGCAAUACAAUCUCAAUCUUCCCCACCAUGAUGGUCUGUAUGAUGGCCUGGAGGCCCAUCCAAGCACUCAUGUCCAUUUCUGCCACCUUCAAGUUACUUGAGAGCUCAAGCCAGAAGUUCCUGCAGGGUCUGGUGUAUUUAAUUGGCAACCUUUUAGGGUUGGCCUUGGCUGUUUACAAGUGCCAGUCAAUGGGGCUGCUGCCAACUCAUGCCUCUGAUUGGCUAGCUUUUAUUGAGCCACCCGAGCGCAUGGAAUUCACAGGUGGGGGUCUAGUGUUAUGACCCAACCCAGUUCCAGAAACCAGCUGCUGCUUUAGAUCUCUGGCUCACCACUGUAGAAAUGCUCUUCCUUCAACUAUCUAAUAAAACUGCUGGGUCCUAAAGUAAGCGUUGCCGCUCUGUGGAAUAGCAGAUGAAGAUUCAUAAAGAAAAGGAUAACAGAAUAUGAAGGACUGAUAUGUUUUGCAGGGGGAGGAGCAGAAGGCUCAUCCUACCAUGUACUUCCACCUUCUCUGUUAUGGUGAAAGCAGAAUAAAAGUGUUACACACAUUUA